UCUGCCGCUCUCUCUCGCUCUGCCGCUUCUCGGCCGGACUUGGAACAAAUACUACACCCCAGCACUGCAGUCCGGGUAGAUGCUAGCAACGCUCAACGCUCGUCUCUACUAGAUCGGUCUUCAACACCGACACGCUGGGAACGGUCAUGGACACGUCAACGAGCGGGCCCGCGGGGCUCGACAAUGUGCGCCAGCGCACGCGAGCAUCGUCGACCUCGAGGGACGCCGCCUCCCACGCGAGCAACAGGCCCGAGCCGGCUGCAAACGACGAUAAUGGGGAAGCCCGCCUCAAGAAAACGUACGGGCGCACCCCUGGCGGUACCGUCUUCGUUGUCCCCGAGACCCACGACAUGGUCUCGCAGCUCCUCGACCCACGCGAACCCAAGAACCUCUCCGACCUGCUGGUCCUCGCCGUCCUCGCCCUCCACAUCUGGGCGGCAUACGCCCUGCCGUCGAGCCUCAAGCGCCCCGUCUUCGCCGCCGUCUUCCUCUUCUGGAGAGCGUCGUACAACGUGGGAAUAGGCUACCUGCUGACCGUGCAGUCCAAGUACAAACUCAUGGUUACGUGGGCGAGGCGGCUGAAGCUCUUCGAGGACCCGUCGACCGGCAAGAACCCGCGCCCAUGGCUGUACCAGCUGCUGCAGCGGGAGCUCGAGACCAAGAUCCCCAAGGACUACAAGAUGGCCCAGGCGCCCAUUGAGUACAACACCUGGCUUGUGUUCCGUCGCAUCGUCGACUUGAUCCUCAUGUGCGACUUCGUGUCGUACUGCCUGUUUGCCAUUGUCUGCGCCCACAAGCCUGCUGGCGAGGGACUUGUCAUGACCCUUGCGCGCUGGGUUGCCGGCCUCAUCCUCGUCGGCUUCAACCUGUGGGUCAAGCUCGACGCCCACAGGGUGGUCAAGGACUACGCCUGGUAUUGGGGCGAUUUCUUCUACCUCAUUGAGCAGGAGCUGACCUUUGACGGCGUGUUCGAGAUGGCCCCGCAUCCCAUGUACUCCAUCGGCUACGCGGGCUACUACGGCAUCUCCAUGAUGGCUGCGAGCUACGAUGUCUUGUUCAUCUCCAUCCUGGCACAUGCUGCCCAGUUUGCCUUCCUCGCCUUGGUCGAGAACCCCCACAUCGAGAAGACGUACAAUCCGCCGCCGCCGCGCCAGCGGGCCAACUCGGAGGCUAGCAACCAUUCCGAAACGUCGGCGGAGCCCUUGCCCGUCCACAAGCUGCUGGGCUUGAAGAACUUUGACUUCUUCCGGGUCACGGACUACUCGACUCUGCUCCUCGUCGGCUACUUCGCCGCCCUGACGAUCGUCACUCCGUCUACGCCGCUCUACCGGACCCUCUUCGUGGCGAAUGCCCUCCUCUGGCGCUUGUGGUACUCGGUCGGCCUCGGCGUCAUCCUGACCAAGCAGUCCAACGAGAAGAUGUUCACCCGGCACUUCCUCAAGUUUGGCGAGACCGUGAGGGAGGCGUGGCGCCAGUGGAAGGGCAUGUACCACCUGAGCAUGACGCUGUGCCACGUCUCGUUCCUCGCAGCUUGCUGGAAGAUGUACACGUAUCCGGAGGACUGGGGCUACGGCUGGGUUCUCCUGAAGCAUGUGGUCGGCCUCAGCCUGGUUGCGCUGCAGCUCUGGACCGCCGCGAGCAUCUACGACUCGCUCGGCGAGUUUGGCUGGUUCUACGGUGAUUUCUUCUUCGAUAGUACCGGGAAGCUCACCUACAAGUCCAUUUACCGUUUCCUCAACAACCCCGAGCGGGUCAUCGGCACCGCCGGCCUGUGGGGCAUGGCUCUCAUCACCUGGAGCAGGGCCAUCUUCAUGUUAGCGCUCAUCGGACACAUCCUGACACUCGGCUUCAUCUCGUACGUCGAGAAGCCGCACAUGCAGAAGAUCUACGGCGAGAACCUGCGCAAGGAGGCCGGCCUGACCAAGUUCAUCAAGCGUUCGCUUCCGGAGCCCGUGAAGGGGCUGCAGAUGAGCGUGGACAAGGUGCUAGACGAGACGAAGCAUUUCGUCGACGACUUCCUGGACGCUGCUCGCUCGAAGCUGUCCGCCGGGUCCUCGACGAUCGUCCGGGACACGACGGCCCUGUUUAACAAAUAUCCCGCUCGUAUCACGCUCACCCGGAUUGCGCCCGACCUUGCGGGCUACGACCCCAAGCACUAUAGCGUCUCCGUGGAAGGCACGCCCUUGGUGGCCGCCGACGAGAAGGCCACCGGCAAGGAGAGCGCCAGAGCGCGCGUGCCCAAGGCUGUCAAGACCAAGGUGUUCGAGUACGGCGCCCCGAUCCGCGUCAGGUGGACCGCGCCGGCCAACCACAGCAAGAAGGACUGGGUGGGCCUCUACAUGGUGACGGACAACAGGUCGCGCGAGAUCACCGAGGUUUCGUCCCUGGGCCGCUGGGUGCCCACCUGCCCCGGCGAAUACGGCACCACGACCGAUGAGGGCAUCGUCUCGUCGGACCUCCCGGUCGCGGAAUCGGAUUCUCACGACGUCGACCUCGUCCAGGGCGAGAUGGUCUUCGAGGGCGACAAGCUGUGGUGGACCCAGGGCGUGUUCGAGUUCCGGUACCACCACGGCGGCAGCCACAACGUCAUGUCCGUCUCGGAGCCCUUCGAGGUGCGCCUCGCCAAGGUGGACGACGAGAACGCCGAGGGAACGGUCGGCCCCGACGAGGUCGAGGCGGCGCUCCUGCCCAUCGUCCGCAACUGCCUGGACCGCGACCCGGACAUCGCCCCGGCCACCGCGGAGGAGCGGUUCGGCGCGCACGUCGAGCGCGACAGCAAGUACGCCAAGCGGGUUGUUUAUGCGAUAUACCACAUGUUUGGCGUCGAGUUUGCCCCCGCCGUCGUGCCCGCCGACGGGAACGUGCGGAAGCUGGCGUGGCGGAUCUGCAGCGCGAAGGAAGUGCUGGCUCCGUAUAGCAUGUCGGCGAGACGCGGGCCAUCGACGCCUGUUAGAGACAAGUUCCCGGAUGCGCUGUAGAGUCAGGUAGCAGGGGGGGUUAUAGAGAUGAUGUUUACGCAUGACUGUUCUGCAUAGCAUGUGGCGUGGUGAGUUGAGUGGGCGGGCGCACGAGAUACCCCUGUCGAUAGAUAUGAGCGUAGCGAGACAUGUCUGCUUGGCAACUCGGUGUAGUGGGUGGGAAGGCCCUAUAAAUCGGUUGACGUGGAAUUCUGGAUCUUGACAUCGA